AUCAUCACCCCUACUUGCACGACAACCACACACACCCCUCCACAACCACUCUCAUCAACACCCAGAACUUCGUCUCCGCCGACAAUUGAUCCAAGUCCGUUCGUCGUAUACUGGCGCUAGAUCGCUUCUCUGGUGCGAUUCAUAAUUUUUUUUUCGGCACGCCCUCACCAUCGCCACAACACCUCCCAAGCUAGCUGCCAUUAGGCCCCGCUAGCUCCCCCAAUUCCACCAUGAGAGGUGGUUCCGAAUUCGAGAAUCGGGUUCGACACAGCACCUCGAAGCCGCCAAAGACCCCAACGGAAUCACCUGCUUCAAAACAAACUGUUGGUCCCGACGCCGAUGCCCUGAGAGCGGCUUUAAGCGAUGCUGUAGCGACACCGGCACCUUCACCGAGCAGGAAGCGGCAGCGAGUAAUCUACGGUGACCGAUUUAUUCCAAAUCGUGAAGGCAUUGAUUUGCAGGCAAGUUACAGUUUACUACAUGCCGAGGGAUCGCCCUCAACACCCCAGAAACCCCAGAAGAGGACACCCCAUGGUGAACUUCACUUUCAAAAAACCGAAGAAGCGAACCGUACCUUUUCGACACUUCUUCGAUCAGAGCUCUUCCAUAAUGAAAUACCACAAUCUACACCUGCAUCUUUAAGUACUCGUAAUUCUGCUGUUCGGGAGGCUCGAGCUCGCACACCCCCAACAAGUAAUGGAUCAUCUACAAAAGCUCCCUCAACACCUUCAAAAAAUUUAUUCACAUACAUGUCACCGAAAACUCGAACGCCUCAAACUCGACAUGGGCCGAAGGUUGAUACCAGGUCUGAGAUAUAUUCCCUAUCUCCUGUGAGGUUUGAUAGUCAACGCAUGCUGUUAUCGCCACGGAAACAGCCGAGAACGGUCAGCAAAGUACCCUAUAAAGUACUCGAUGCACCCGAACUAGCCGACGACUUUUAUCUGAACCUGGUAGAUUGGGGAAGCACAAAUAUAUUAGGAGUUGGGUUGGGUAGCUGUGUUUACAUGUGGAAUUCAGCAUCUGGCAUGGUGACCAAGUUGUGUGAUUUGGGAGCAGAUGAUACUGUGACUAGUGUAUCUUGGAUUCAGAGAGGAUCUCACGUUUCGAUCGGGACGAAUAAGGGGUACGUCCAAAUUUGGGACGCCAAAGAAUGCCGCCGCCUGCGCGUGAUGACAGGACACACUGCACGAGUUGGGGCUCUUGCUUGGAACGACCACAUUUUGACAUCCGGUUCGAGGGAUCGUACAAUAUAUCAUCGAGACGUGCGAGCACCUGUUCAAUCUGUUGCAAAGCUCUCAGGGCACAAGCAGGAAGUUUGCGGCUUGAAGUGGAACUGCGAGGAUGGUCAACUCGCGUCCGGUGGAAACGAUAAUAAGCUCUUUGUCUGGGACAAACUAAACGAGCAGCCGCUGUACAAAUUUACUGAACAUACUGCUGCCGUCAAAGCAAUUGCCUGGUCACCACAUCAACAUGGGACGCUUGCUUCUGGCGGUGGGACAGCUGAUCGGCGCAUAAAAUUCUGGAAUACUCUCACUGGGCAGCCAAUCAACGAGAUCGAUACUGGCAGCCAAGUGUGUAACCUUGCCUGGAGCAAAAACUCCAAUGAGAUUGUCAGUACUCAUGGGUACUCGGAAAAUCAAAUUGUCGUCUGGAAAUAUCCUAGCAUGAGCCAGGUCGUCAGCCUCACAGGUCACACCUAUCGAGUACUGUACCUGGCCAUGUCACCGGACGGCCAGGUCAUCGUCACAGGUGCCGGAGAUGAAACUCUUAGAUUCUGGAACUGUUUUGCCAAGAACAAAAACGAAGGCCGCAUAAGUGUGGCCCUCGAUCCAUUCCAACAGAUAAGGUAG